GAUCUCAUUUGUGCCGUCUGCCAUCAGACACCACAACGCCACAGCACCCAACGUCUCCCAUCUCUGACAGACUCUAUUUUAGCUCCAUUUUGAUUGUACAUAAUUGAUAUUAGGCCUAGGCUAUUAUAUUUGACUCUAGGCUAUAUAGUGUGUAGGCCUAGCCUAGCCUAUUUAUUCAUCUAAGUAGAAUACCGAAUUGAUUCUACAGUGCUUUUAUUGUAUUUUCUACCUCCUUUCUACCAUACGGAAGUAUUAAUAAAAUAAUAACUAAUCUUAUUUUAUAACAUGUGGAAGAAAAACUUGGCCAAACAUCGAUUUCUUUUGAAAGGUUUAACCGGAAGUUUGUGGUUGCUAAGAAACCCAGUCGUAAACAUACUAGGAGAUUUCUUCUUUAACAACAGAAACAACCACACAGUUCGCACAUAUUGUAUUUUUUCGCCACCUAACUUGGUGUUGUCAUCAAAUAUGUCAGGCCGGGAUCCUUUCCCCUCCCCAAAGUUUGAAAACGGCUUCACUCUCAGCGGCUUUCUGCCGCAGCAGAAAAAAACAUUUGAUAAACCAACUCACCUCGCCCAAACUGAGGAACCCUGGAGUCGCCUCCAUGAUACAGCCACUUUGGCCAGCACCCGGCGUAGUGUUCAGCAUUAUGAGCCUCAGGGUCAAAACGACAGCCUCGACUUUCAACUUAAGUCUGUCUACGAUCACCACAAGGACUUCUUCUGGAGCAAGAACCAGGUUUUAUACCAGAAGGAGACCAUCUCUGAGGAGCAAAGGAAAGAAGAAUAUUUAAAGCAGGACAUGCUGGAAAAGGAACAAGAGAAAGACAUCAGAGUGUGGAUCGACCCACAGAGGCGCUCCAUUUACAGCAUUAAAUGAAGCAUAAGUGAAGUUCAGUUUUAUUAUGAGCCCCAGUCAUUGCAGCAUAUCUGUGUAGAGAAACUAACACUAGCAAGCCCAAUACUUCUGAUUAAAAUGUCAGACUGGUGGAAUCUGACUUCAAUAUAAACUCGGUGAGUCGGGGGAGAAGCUGGUUUUGUGUGGAACAAGGUGUUUCCCAAAUAUCAACACAAUGCCCCCCCCAAAUGACAAACAAGGGCUACGCCAGGGGGAAUGACGGCAGCUUCUAUUCAACAAGAACCUCCCAGUACUAUUAUCUCUAACUGCUACUGCUACCUUCAGAGCUCUGCAAAUAAGCAAAUAAAUUAGUUCUUUCAGUUCAUAUUUGUGCAGCUGGUGUUUUUCCAAAUGUCCUCUGAAUACUUAACAGUUAUUCAUGGACCACACAGACUGCAAAAAAAAA